GAUGCUGAAUUAAUUCUCUUCUGCAUUUACAGAAGAUGCUGCACUGUACUUGAAUGAAAUGGUCUUUCUUUUGGGUAAGCUUAACUAAACACAUUAUACAGCUAUUAAAUCUUCAACUGAUUAAAUGCAUCAUGUGAAUGAAGCUGUGCGACUCAACCUGGUUUGGCUAGCUUUAUUAUUUAACACCCUUGUGACUCCAAACAACUAACAUUUGUGAUUCAGCUGAUCAUUAUGCAAACAGACCAUUGACGUCAUUAGCUUGGAAACUUAAUAUAUGAACAGAGCCAUCUGAUUUAUACAUGGCUCCAUGCCAUGUAUGAUUCUGGUCAAUUGUUUAUUCACAGAACCGUGUUAAAUCCCACCGCUUUAUUCAUCAAACCAAUAUGGCAUCAUAAAGUCUGCAUUUGUUUAUUUGUUAACUCCCCAUUUUGUCUUUGGAAGUUUUAAUAAUCUAGUCUGCUGACGAAGGUCAGUGAACUCAAAAUUGGUUUUAUUUCUUUGUGGUUUUCCAAAUGCUAUUUUUGACACAUCAUCCCUUACAGUGACUUUUGAUUGUUUUUGCUUGUAAGGAACGAGCAAAGCCACUGCUAUCAAAGUGCCCAUCUUCACAGCUUCAGGAGCGCCUGGCAAAGUUUACCUUCUUCCUCUUGGCACUUUUCCAUUUCUUCUUACCUGGCAGGUGCCCAUGUUUCAAAACUCCCAGUUUCCUGAACAACUGAAAUCAAGUAAGCAGCGAGAUUAGUUGCCACCACAGUUCCCAUAGCAGCAACUGCCAUGUUCCUCUUGGCAUGGGAAAAGCUAGUGCCCUCAGAAGCCAGCUUGAUCAAGUGGGGAGAUUGUUGCUCACUCCCCACUUAUUGUGAGAUCUGCAUUGGCAGCCCUGAUUAUUAGGAGGUUCUUCAGACUGGAUUCACAAACCUCCAUCAGCCCAAACUUCAGACUGGAUCGCCACAUUGAUCUGGCCACAUUGCUCAGGAAAGAUAAGUUUCCCUGGGAUUCUCCGCUCUUAAAUGUUACUCCGCAAGUGGACUGGAUUUCGGAGUUUGCCUUCCCGAUACGGAGGCGUUGAUGGAGGCUUCCGGCGCACCUCUGUGGAGACAGGAAGCUCCAGUCUUCCUGGCCAAGGGUCAGAAAAUUCCAGCGGGAACCGCGUGUCCUUCUCUCCGUCACUUUUGGCCGCUGGGCUGGAGGUCGGUGUGGAAAAUGCCCUUCUUUCAAAGAGUCCUUUUCCAUCACAGCUGAAGACCAGUGGGGUAACAGAAGCCCUGGAGCUCAACAGCCCACAAAGCAGCUCAGGAGGAACCAGCACGAACCUCCUACACCCUGGGCCUCUUCUGAGAGCCAUGUCUGUGGACCACCAGCCUGGUAUUCAGGCCAACAAUGACAGAAUAGAUGCUCCAAGGCGCCCGGAGUACAGCCUACUCUCUCCCAGUUCAACCCUUAGGAGGAGGAAUUCCUUAUCUCACCUUCCUAACCCUAGAAAGGAGGAUUUUAAUUCCGAUCAGCCUUUGGCUAGUAGUAAGAGAUGGAGUGACUCGCAGCCGGAUCUGCAGGCAAACUUUUUGGAAGAGACGCAAAGGAAGGGGAAACUCCGAGAAUCUGGCUACUUGCUUGCAGGACAGCCCAAAGAAUUUGGAGGACGGAACCUUGAGUUGGAAGUUGACAUGAUGGAAUUUGAACUCGGUUCCCUUAGACAGAAGCAGAUGGAGAGCUCCUUUGUCUACCUAGAAAAGGAAAGAAAGUGGCUGGAAGCGAUUCGUUCGGAAGGCAGGAAGCGACAAGGGGAACUGGAUGAUAAGAUCUUCAAGGUGGAAAUGGAGCUGGCCAAGACGAAGUCUUACUUUGGUAAAAGGGAUCACCCCUUGCUUUCCCAGGGUUUCAGACAGAGUGAAGAGGUGUCGCAGGAAAAGUGGGAUGUCGGCCACGAGCUACAGAAUCUUCAAAAAAGUCUGGCUGCUUUGAAGAGCUGCAUCAAGACCCUGGAAGAAAAACGAAACGAGAUGGUGCAGCAGCUGAAAUUUGUUCAGGAGGGAGAGCAGAGCUCAGCCAGCCACCCAGUAGCCACAAAUUUACUGGAAAUGAAGCAAGAAAGACGCCAGCUCCGAGCUGCUUACAAGAACAUCAAACUGAAGAACGUUGCCUUGCUUCAGCAAGUCCAGGAUCUCGGUCUGGAGUUAAAGCACGCCCAGAAAAAACAAGAAGAAUUCCAGGACCAGAUCUCAGCUCUCAAAUCAGAGCUUGCAAGUAGUAAGAAUCAGGCCCAUCAACAGGAACGAGAGAAAGUCCUCAUCAAGGAGGAGAUGAAAUCGGUCCGGCAGUCGAACGAAGAGCUUUCUUCCAAAGCAGCUGAGAGCCACCAAAGGCUGGGAGCUCUUUUAGAAAAACUGCAUCUUCUGGAGGAGGAGGAGAGGUCCCAGGCUAACCAUAUCCAGGCUCUGGUGGAUGAGCGGACUCAGUGGCUGGAAGAAAAGGAGCAACACCUUCUCGAAAGAACGGCGGAGCAGCAGUGCCAGGAGGAGACCAGGAAGGCUCUGCAGGCAACCUGUGAAAACCUCAGGGAAUCUCAGAUCCAGUUGCAGAAGGAGAAGGAUCUCCUACAGGCUCACUGCCAGGACCUUGAAAGGCAAGCCGAAGAGUUGGGCAAGCAGUUGGGUGAGCAAGAGUCAAUCUCCCAAGACUGGAGAAACCGAUGGGAAGAAGUAGGUGCAGCUUUGAAGACCAAGGAAGAAGAGCUGGAGAAAAGGAUUGCCCAGGACCAGGAUCACCAAGCCAAGAUGUUCCCAAAAGAAGCAGACCUGGAUCUUCCUGUGGUCCAAGAGGAGCUGCAGAAGGCUUUGGAGAUGCUGAAGAUACGUGAGAUGAUGCACGAGGAGCAGCGUCUGGAGUUGGAAUCUGCCAGGAUCCAGAACGCAGAAUGGACUUUGGAGAAGCAGAAGCUGCAGCAACUUCUCCGUGCAUUGGAGGAACAACUUGCAGAAAAGGACCAAGCCUUGAGAGACCUCAGGCAGACCAACGCUGUGGACAGAGCUGCCUUGGAGAUGAGAACUUCAUCAGAGCCGAAGAGAACAAGAGAAGGUCCGGGAACCUGUUACGAAAAGGGGCGUCCUGUUGGCUUGGAUGCAAAGACUGUUGGGAAUCAGCUGGAAGGUUUCAGGCUACAGCAUCAUUUAGUGACUGAGCAGCUGAAGGAACUGUUCAGACAGAAGCAACAGCAGCAAGCAGGAGCCAGGAAGCAUCAGGAUGGGGGACUCAAGGAAAAGAGCUCAACAGCAUCUCGGAAUGUUCCGCGAGGGCUGACCACUGCACAGGUGUCCCUCGGACUUUCAUCAGAAGAAGAGAGCCAUUUGGAAUCUGGAGACACGUCCAAAAGGGAGGAAGUAGAACAGAGCCUUCAGCAGCAGCUGAAAGCAAAAACUGAUGUGAUUUCUGCCAUGGCCUGUGAAAUUCAAGCUUUGAAAGAGAAAAAUGAGAACUUAAUGCAAGCAAAACUGAGAUUCCAGGAACAGAUUCAGCAGAUCCGCCAGCUUUCGAAGCGACCGCCCGAAAAGAGUCAGAGGGAGCUGCGGAUCCCCAGACUCUCCACCAGCCCCCGAGAUGAUGUGCAAAGUGCUCCUUGCCACGAGACUCUGGAGGUUUCCUCACAGGAGGACCAAACUCCAUCCUCUUCCCAACGGGCAGAGAUACAGGAACCGUUCCAGGCCUGCCCUGGGGAUGAGCCAAGGGGCACCUCUUUGAACAUCAGGAGGGUGCAAACGGGCUCCUCGCUUCUCCCUUCUGAGGCGUCUCAUCCACCGCCCAGCCUCUUCUCCGACACGUCUUCGGCAUCUGACAAGCUUUUAUCAGCUCCCGUGGCUUCUCCAAAAGGCCCCCUCAAGCAUGUUGAGGAUGAAGGAGCGUCACUCAGCCCCCGCAGCUCAGGGCUUUUGUCCCCCAAGCCUUUUGGGGCCCCGAGACCGUGGUCCCCUUUCCGAGAGAGGGCUGAAUCGCCGGUGAACAGAAAAGAUCUGUAGCCACCAAGGUUGGUUCCUGGGGCAGAAGAAACAUCCACCAAGGGAUCUGACCUCGAGAAGGAAAGCUGAAGUUUCUCCUAAUGUGGUUCUCCUCUUUCUAAAAUAUAUUGUGCUAUUAAAACAAAAACAAAAAACUGGGCAUUUGGAUCCCCAAAAGUUCAUGUAUCCAAAUUUACAGCCUAAAUGUUGGAGAUGUGGAAAUCUAGAUGCAACCUAUUUUCACAUUUGGUGGACU